AUGAAGUGGCUUAUCCCGGCCCUAGUAUGCCUCCAGCUCUCAGAGGGGGUUGUAAGAAUCAAACUGAAGAAAAUUGAGUCUAUAUGGGAGGAAAUGAGGAAGGCAGGAGUGCUGGAGGACUACUUAAAAAAAAUUAAAUACGAUCCAGUCAGGAAAUAUCGCUUCAAUGAGAACUCUGUUGUGUAUGAGCCAAUGGCUAGCCAUCUGGAUUCCUCCUACUUUGGGGAGAUCAGCAUUGGGACCCCUCCACAGAACUUCCUGGUGCUCUUUGACACUGGCUCCUCCAACCUGUGGGUGCCGUCCAUAUACUGCCAGACAGUGGCCUGCACAAAUCAUGCAAGGUUCAAUCCCAGCCAGUCCUCUACCUUCACCAACAACAGUCAGACCUACACCCUCUCUUACGGCAGCGGUGCACUCACAGUUCUGCUGGGUUACGACACGCUAACAAUCCAGAGCAUCAGGGUCACAAACCAGGAGUUUGGGCUCAGUGAGGAUGAACCAGCGCAGCCUUUCUACUAUGCCAAUUUUGAUGGGAUCCUGGGAAUGGCCUACCCUUCGCUGGCAGUGGGAGGAACGCCCACUGCUCUGUAGGGCAUGCUGCUACAGAACCAGCUGACUCAGCCUAUCUUCAGCUUCUACUUCUCUCGCCAGCCCACCUAUGAUUAUGGAGGAGAGCUCAUUCUUGGAGGAGUUGACACUCAGCUGUUCUCUGGCGAGAUUGUAUGGGCACCAGUGACCCAGGAGGUUUACUGGCAGAUUGCAAUUGAUGAAUUUGCUAUUGGAGAGUCAGCGACGGGCUGGUGCAGCCAGGGCUGCCAGGCCAUCGUGGAUACUGGGACAUUCUUGCUCACAGUGCCCCAGCAGUAUAUGGUCAGCUUCCUUCAGGCUGUGGGUGCCCAGCAGACCAGUUAUGGUGUAAGUUAUGCAGUUAACUGCAAUGAGGUCCAGUACCUGCCCACCGUCACUUUCAUCAUCAACGGAGCUCAGUUCCCACUGUGCCCCUCUGCCUACAUCAUCAAUGACAACGGCUACUGCACUGUUGGGAUCGAGGCCACCUACUUGCCGUCCCAGAAUGGGCAGCCGCUCUGGAUCCUGGGUGAUGUCUUUCUCAAGCAGUAUUAUUCCAUCUUUGACAUGGCUAACAACCGUGUUGGCUUUGCCCUGUCAGCGUAAAGGAAUGGAGCGCCAUCUGAACAGAAGAUAGUUGCUCUCCUGGCCACGUACACCUUAGUGAGCAUUCGUAGAGUCCUAUGGAGUUUCUAUGGACAAAUCUUCUCAUUCUUUAUGUGCCUGUAUAGUCUUUCUGUCUCUCUGGGGU